CUCUCUCUUUCUCGCCGCAAACUCACCCUCCUCAGUCCUCGCCAGAUGGGUUGCUGCUUUAGCAAGACCCCUCCUCACCGCCGCUCCCCGCCAGACCACCCCUGCGGCUCUCCGCCGAGACCACCAGCGCCGGCAUUCGAGGAAACCCACGUCGGGAUCGCCCCUCAGAAUGCGAGGACGAGAAACCCUCCUCCUCCUCCUCCUCCGCUGCUCGAAGAAGAGACGGUCAAAGAAGUCCUCUCCGAGACGCCGCUGCCAAGGCCCCAGCUUUCCGAUACCCCCCAACCGCCGCCCAAGCUCCAAGAAGACGGGCCCGAGACCAAGAUCCUGAUCAGCAAGCUCGAGGAGGCCGCCGAGGUGGUGUCGGAGUACUCCGAGAUGUACAGCGCCAGCGAGAGCCUAUCGACGGCGACCACGGCCACCACCGUCACGGACAAGCGAGAGGCGGAGGUGACGAGCAGAGAGUCUCGCGAGGUGAGGCAGAGGCUGAAGAGCGGAUCCCCGGCGAAGCUCCCGAGGAAGCGGCCGCCCUACGCCGGGGAUCUAGCCGGCGGCGGGGAGAGGAGGCGGGUCAACCGUUCCCCGUCCCCGGCGAAGAGGAACCUGGCCAGCGUCUCGGGUGUGGGCCCCGGGCGGGCCAGGGAAGCGGGCCGGGCUAGGACGGCGGCUGCGCAGCGGAAUGCUGGGCCUCCUUCCGGCGUGCCCAGGCGAGAUCCGGGCGAGACGUCCCGCCGGCGGUCGAGCUCGCCGGCGACGAACAGGGCCGGGGAGGCGAGCGCAGGCGCGAAGGGGAGGAGCCCCGCGAAGCGGGCCGGGAGCGCCGGCGACGGGCCAGCGAACGGCGAGGGUGGAAAGGAAUAUGGGCGCCGAGGGCGCAGCGGAAACGAAGAGGGAAGAUCACAAGGACACCGGUCCGGAGCAAGGGAACGAAUCUCUGGACAACCCACUUGUGUCAUUGGAGUGCUUCAUCUUCCUCUGAGUCCUCGCGCAGAGGUUCUCUUCUCCAUUAGGGGUCAGUUCAGACACGUGAUAAUGAUCCAUUGACAUAGACUGGUCAGAGAGAGAGAAGCACAUGUUGGUGGAAUUGGGUCUAUUUUUGUAAGUAUACAUAUUGAGAUUUUUGUCUGGCUCUUCUGGAGAACGAUGUUUCAUGGAUAUGGGGAUGCCCAAAUCAUAUGGUCCUCCUCCCUGUGCUUUUUCACGAUCCCUUUAUGGCGAUGGGGGGAGGAGAGGGAAAGAGACUUGUUUUGCUUUCUUUCUCGGAGCUUGGGUGGUGGAACUGUCAUGCGGACAAGCCACACUUGUCUUUUGCUUUGACACUCUGCUCUGCUCUGUAUUUGUGUGCAGAGAGUGGUUUCCACA